CAUUCAAACAACAUCUUGGUUCAUCAAAAAACCAUAAAAUUGGCAGAUUUUGGACUUUCCCGUAAAAUACAUGAAUCUACAACUACUUCAGCAUUCCAAUUAACAGGAGUGCUGCCCUAUAUUGAUCCACAAUGUUUCAAGUCUAAUAGCAAGCCAGAUAAAAAAUCAGAUGUAUACAGUGUGGGUGUUUUAUUAUGGGAAUUAACUAGUAACAAACCACCUUUUAGUAAUCUGGAUCCACAUUAUCAAAAAUAUGGUUUAAUAGUUGAUAUUUCUAGAGGAAUUCGUGAGGAACCUAUUCCUAAUACACCUGAUGAAUAUCUUAAUUUAUACAAAGCAUGUUGGCAGGAUGACCCAAAAAGCAGGCCUGAUAUUCAAUAUGUUGAAAAAAUGCUUAUUGGAAUGAUUUCAGGUUCAAAUAUAGUUGAUAAUGUUGAUAACAAGGAAAAUGAUGCGCAACCAACAAAUGAAGACAGCAGUUCUUUCAGUCAUCCCAGCAUUAUUUUAACAGAACCUACCAGCAUUGAUUUCUGGCAAGAAGAUUUUGAUAAUAGAGUCAAAGAGCUUUAUUUCCAACAAAUCACCAGUGACGUUGAUCGUAAAGAUUGA